ACAGCUUGCCGAGAACGGAUUGAAACGCUGUUGAGUAAACAUCAACUUUGAGUGUAGUGAAAAUCCUGAUCUUAUGGACUCUGAUCUCAAUUCUGAUCCAGGUGAAGACCCUGAAUCAAUCCAAUACAUGGACCAUGAAAACCAAACAAAGAGAACAAGAGAAGAACUAGAAAGUGAUAACGAAGAAAACCCAAUCUCAAAACAACCGAAAAACAAAGAAGCCGGAUGGAAAGCACCGGAAGAACCCCAACCAACAACAAGUAACAACCAAGCAAAUAUGGAGGUGCAGAUCAACCAUCUAUAACAAAGUACUACAUACUGAGACAUACAAAGAUCUUCCUACAAACAACUAAAUUAAUUGAUAUAAUUUAAGAAACAAGAAGCCAAGAAAAAAAAGAGGAUCCAGGGGAUAUAGACAACAACAGUCUAAAACCCUAAAACAGGAAAGAAGAAGAAGAAGAAGAAACAGCUUGCCUUUCUUGAACAAUCCGACUCUUGUUUUUUUCUCGUAUCUGAAGGUAAUGCAUGGCUGUAGGUGAGGUAUGAGGGCGCUUUGGAGAAGCUGUGUGUUGGAUGUGGGCUUGUUGGUCACACUUUGCUUUCUUUACGUGUGUUUGGAAGGAAAUGCUUUGGAGUCUGAGGUUAAACCCAAGAUGCAUCAGGUCUGCUAUUAUGCUAUUCCCAAUAAAGCAAGUGGUGAUAUUACUGUGAAAGCCUUAUCAGUGGAAGACAUUGAUCCCUUUAUUUGUACUCAUAUUCUUGUGGCCUUUGCUAGAAUCAGAGACAAUGUAAUUGUUCCAGCCAACGAUGGUGAUAUUGAGGUAUACAAGGAAGUAAUUGCCUUGAAGAAGCAGAAUCCAGAACUAAAGGUUCUUUUGUCUGUGGGUGGUGGCUCAACAGACGGAGGAUUCCCAAGCCUUGUUCGUGAUCCUCAAGCAGUUAUUGAGUUUGCCUCACAUUCUCGAAAAUUCAUCACAACAUUUGGCUUUGAUGGCUUAGACCUUGACUGGGAAUUUCCUGCUUGGCCUGCAUUGGUGAGAAACAAGCAGGAGAAGAGAUGGUUCUCAAGACUUGUUCAGCAUCUCUUCCACGAAUUUAAGUCACCAUUACACAAACCACUCUUGCUCACAAUUGCUGUAGCAGCUCCAAAGGCAAUCAUAGACAGGUCAUAUGAAAUCUCUGAGUUAUCCAGGUAUGUAGAUUUUGUGUCAAUGAUGGGUUAUGAUUACCACAUCUUCUGGCCAUAUCUGCCAUUUACAGGCUAUAAUGCCCCUCUCUUUAAAAGUAAAAAUGACAAAUAUUACUUUGCAACUAUGAAUAUCCAAUGGUCUGCAGAUUAUUGGGUGAAGAAAGGGAUGCCUAAGGAGAAACUGGUCAUUGGAAUUCCUACUUAUGGCCGCACAUGGAAAUUGCUGAAUGCAGCAUGGAACAAAACUGGAUCACCAGCAGUUGGAAAGGGCAUGCUGUCUGGCAUUGUGUCAUACCCUGAAGCUUGCAUAUUCUACAAGGAAGGAGCAGAAAGACAUUUUGAUGAAUCAUGCAAAGUCCCUUAUGCAGUGAGGGAAAGGGACUGGGUUUCUUAUGAAGAUCUUCAGAGCAUCAGGGAAAAGGUAAAGUGGGCAAAAGACAACCAUUUUGCUGGAGUGAUGACGUGGAACCUGAACUGUGAUGACUGGGCUGGCAUUUGUUCAGGAGAGAGAUUUGAGCUUCAUAGCGUGAUCAAGAAAAUUAUUCUAGUGAUGAAUUAGGGUUGAAUUACUCAUGAUAAGAUAUAUAAUUGUACUUGCUUUAGUAAAAAGAAAUUGCAUCUAAAGUAGUUGAUGACUGUAAUGAAUGUGAUAUUGUCAGGGUUUGCAUUUAUGAUUGUGAUGCUAUAAUUUUGAUUAUGGUGCGAGUUCCAGUUACCGGUAAUGAGAGUUAAUGGCACAAAAAGCACAUAACUUUGAUAUGAUAGUAUUUAGAUGUGUGUAGCAGUAGUUAGUAGUAAAUUUUCAAUAUAAUUGUCACAAUGAUAGUAAAAGAAAUUUGUUUGUUGUAUAUCUGUUAUUUAUAUAUAUAUAUAUAUAGCCAUUUCUUUUUCAUAUCUUAUUCUAUGCCAAAGACUUACAAGCCAUGCAUCUUAUUGUAUUUAAUGUGUUGAAUUUAUAUUUUUGUAGUACAACAUUUCAAUGAAUAUUGAUUAAUGCUUAUGAAGUAUUUAAUUCCAACCAGUAACCUAAGCAUUUAUUAUAAAAGUAUUUUUGAAAUAUUAUUACCUUAAAAAACAGACACACAAACAAAGAUGGAAAAGUAUCUGACUUUUGCUAAUAAAAAAAAAAAUUUACUAGUUACUUUGAGGAAACUAUCCCCUGGUUCUAUAGACACCAAGCUCAUUGUUUAUUUGCUAGAAAAUAGUUGCUAAAGUCCUUUUUGUGGGAUCAUUGUUGGCUGCCCCACUGCAUUUAUUUGAAUCUGCUGGGCAAAAGUGUUGUUGAGAUUUAAGUGGGAGUUUGGCAUAGUCUACAUCUCUUAAUAGUACUUCAUAUGAACCAACUGAUGUUGGGAGGGUAUGUUUGUACAUCCUCAGACCACUGUGAUUUCCAUAAAUGGCUUUAGAACAGCUUAGUUACCAUGGAAACAAAUACUUGGUGACAAAAAUUGUAUAGCCAUCUCUGUAAAUAAAAUUCAUACAAAGAAAACAGUA